AUGACAUCUGCUUGUACAUUCUCUCCCAUCCUUUUACAUCUACACUUAUUGUUAUCACAAGAACUCUUGCAAUUACAAAUAGUGCUUGAUAUUAAUUCCACACUUUGUAAUCUCUCCACCUCUCAAAUGAAUAAUUUACAUAAUAGAAUCUUAUCAAAUUUACAGUCUAAUUGGUACUGUUCACCAAUUUUGCCCAUAACUUUGCAAGAAAAAGAAGAAUGA